UAGGACCAUUAGCCAUUAGGUUUGGGUUGAAGCUUAAGCCUGUGAGUGUCAGGGGUGCGGUGCGGGGUGCUGUUGGCACUUUGGUAAGCAGACUGCACACAGGCACAGGCAGGCUAUAGCCGCCUAUAGGGUUGGGUGCUCUCUUCGCCUUCGUCUUCGUCUUCGUCUUUGCCGUCGUUCGUCUCCCAUAAGAAACAUUUUCAACUCCACACGACCACCAUCAUAUUCAUAUUCAUGGCCAUCUCUCAUCUCGCCUUCCCGAUCCCGAUCUGGAUCUGCCUCCUGCUCUUAGCCGCCUCCUCCCUCGUCGCCUCCGACUCCGAGGGCCCAUUUAUCGUCGCCCACAAGAAGGCCUCUCUCACCAGCCUCAAGUCCGGAUCCUCCGAACGCAUAUCCGUCUCUAUCCGCAUCUACAAUCAAGGAUCAGCAACCGCAUAUGAUCUGACGCUUAAUGAUAAUAGCUGGUCCCAAGAUGUUUUUGAUAUUGUCUCUGGCAACACAUCGGUUUCAUGGGAAAGGCUUGAUACUGGUUCUGUCCUGUCACACUCCUUUGAAUUGGAAGCAAAAACAAAAACACUUUUUUAUGGAGCGCCGGCAGUUAUUACAUUCCGUGUACCCACUAAAUCUGCCUUGCAGGUAGCGUACUCUACUCCAAUUCUGCCUCUUGACAUUCUAGCUGAUAGACCUCCUGAGAAGAAGUUUGAUUGGGUAAGUGCUGAAAGAAAUUUCUUGUCAUUUUUCUGCUGCUUUGCUUCUCCCCUGCUAUUUGUUGAGUGACAUCCCUUUUGUCUUUUGUGCAUCUUUUCUUCCUCAUGGAAUUGUUUCGUGGCGGCACGGGACCAAAACCAUUUAGGCUAAGGUAUUUCUAAAUUUUAAUAUUCUGUGUACAGCACCAUUUUACUUACUGUGUAUGGUUCCAUACCACUGAGACUGUUGGGGAAAUAUGGAUCGCUUGUUUCAGUGGUUACUAUUGUAGUUUUGUUCGUGUACCUUGUCGCAACUCCAUCAAAAUCGAGCAAGAAGAAGCGCUGAUGGAGCGAGUGAGUGAGUGAGUUAGGUUUUAUGUAUGUUGUAAGGCCAAAGAGGAGAGGGUUGAACUGUUUUGCUGCUGCAAACAAGGCAAGGCAUGUGCUGUGUUUAUUUAUUUUUGAGAGAGCAUUAAAUAGUUGGUGAUUGUGGGGGGUGAUGUGCCUCUUUUUUUUGUUUAACAUCAGAGCUGGGAUUUGUUA